AGAAAAAAGAAGCGUGGUUUGAAAUCUCUUUUUUUUUUCUCUCUUUAGCACCAUGUCUCUUCAUAAUGAUCACACAUUAACAGACGAUGAUCCUUUGUUUCGUGAGACACACUAUGCACGUUAUGGCUACGAGAGAACAAAUAUUUUUGGAUUAGUGACACUUGAUUCGCGACUCUUGACCUAUAUUGACAGACCAGAAGAGUUUCCUUCCAAUCGCUUCGACACACUACCACUGACUCCACCGCCUGAAUACACACAACCUUUAUCUAAACCUGUGCGGCAUUUUAUUGUUACUUCCUCCUCUGAAAUCACGGCAUUCAUAUCCCGAGACGGAUAUUGGAAUUGCUUGUCCAUUGAUGUAGGCAUUGAUUCGGGCAAGACAGAGAUCAUCUCUAUCGAUGCUGUAGAAUCCAUUGGCAAGGAUAACAAGGCCAAACUGUUUCUUGCUCUUGCUGUUGCAGAGAAAAUAGAGCAAGAGAAAAACGAACCCCAUUCAGCCUAUAGUUUACGUAUUUAUGGCAAUAAGCCAAACACAAAACCAUUUCUAGAGCAAGCUUUGUUUUCUAUUGGAGAAACAUGUCAAACAAUACCCCUUACAUCUGCACCAAUGCAAUUAUCGCACAUACAAAUUCAGCAUAAAACGGGCUUUUUGUUGACUUCGAUGGAUGGCAUUGUUCACCUGUUUGCUCAGGACGAAAAUCAUGAGUUUGCUGAGCAAUCUUCAGCUACUUUCUUUCCUUUGAUGAGCAAGAUUUCGAAUCAUCGCAUCAAGAUCUUGUUUAUGCAUAUGUUGGAUCAACCUAAUGGAAAGCGGGUUAUGUGUGCAGGAGGACAAAACGGGGAGAUAUUUCUUGCUUUUUAUGAUAAGGAUGGAAAAGAGACUAAAUCGCAUGCAAUACGUAUAUUUAGUCCCAUUACUUCUGUUCUCGUAUUUCAACCGAGAGCGUCUAGUAAAACACAUCCUGAAGACGAGCUACAUCUUGUAGUCACUUGCGCUAUUGAACAAGCCAUUGUAUAUCAGUCGAUAGAAAAAGAAGGGCUAGAUAAAAGUAAAACACUGCCACUGUCAGGCAAUUUCGAUAGUGUUUUAUGCUCUCAUGUUAUGGACGUGGAUUGGGAUGGAGAAAAAGAGAUUUUGAUAGGGACUUAUGGUAGACAAGUGCUGAUUUACAAGCAAGUGGCAGGAACACAGAUUUAUACAGUGCUUUGGAAAAGACAACUUGCUUAUCCUAUCUAUCGAUUGACACAUCUUGACCUCAAUAGAGAUGGUCUUGAUGAAUUAGUGGUUACAACAAUGUAUGGUGUUCAUAUAUUUCAGCCCAAUAUGAAAAAAGCAAGAGAAAGACUGCUUGAAGUAUUGCAAUAUGUAGAAGCCUCCAAAAGACAGAAAUACGAAUUGCUGAUAGAAUGGCAGCGACAAAAAGAGCUUGAAAAACAAAUUGUAUUUGAGCAAUAAUAAAUUACCAACA